CCUGCCUGCUGCAUGCCUCCCUCCCGCCUCCCCGGCCCAAACCAGCUGGACCAGCUCUCCCGGUGCCCGCUGCAGCCCCCCCACCCUGGCCAGCCAAGUCACAGCCUUGGCACUUCAGGCAGGCGGGCGGUGGGUCCUGAUCUCCGAGACCAGAAAGUGGGCUUCUGGGCAGAGAUGGCUCUGCAGAGCCAGGUGUGGUCUCCGGCCACACCCAUGCCCAUGGCGGAGAGCUCCCUCUACCGGCAGCGGCUGGAAGUCAUCGCGGAGAAGCGGCGGCUGCAGGAGCAGAUCCGCGCGGCGCGCCGCGAGCUGGAGGAGGAGAAGCUGCGCGCGGAGCGGCUCAAGAGGAAGGCUCUCCGGGAGCGCUGGCUAAUGGACGGGGCAGCGGAAGGGCCAGAGCGGCCCGAGGACCCCGCCGCAAAGGACCCCCAGUCGCCAGAGGGCCAGGCUCGGGCCCGGAUCCAGAAUCUAGAAGACAGCUUGUUCACACUCCAGUCCCAACUGCAGCUGCUGCAGAGCGCGUCCACAGGUGCCCAGCACAAGCCCCAGAGCAGGCCCAGCUGGCGCAGACAGGGUCACCGUCCCCUCUCCCAGCCCACUGUCGAUGCAGGUCCUGAAGGCCACGCUGAUGUGGACAAGAGGGCCUCCCUGCCGGUGGGGCCAGCGGGCGUGGCCCCAGAGUCCCCCCCGGAGCCCAGAGAGGAGGCUGCAGCGGUUCUGCCCGCCCUGGUCCCGGCCCCGAGGCAGGUCCCCGGGGCGGAAGCCAACGGCCCCUGCGCUGGCCCCGGCGGGGCUCCGGAGCAGGUGGCCGGCGAGGGGCGGGGCGCCGAGGCCGACGGAGGGGGCGUGGUCCGGGUGGUGUGGGAGGGGCUGAGAGCCUCGGGGGACUUUGGUGCGGCGGGGGCCACCGGGCCUGAGCUGGAGGCGAGGGUGGAGGAGGUGGUGCUGGAAGCCGUCGGGGACAGGCGGGGGGCCGGCCGCCCGGAGCUCCCGGCCUGGGUGCGGGAGGACAGGGGCGUCGUGGAGGUGGUCUGGGAGGGCGUGGGGGGCAGCGACUCGGAGGCCGUGCGGGAGGCGGGGGAGGGCCCGGAGGCGGCGCAGACCGGCCCCCCGAGGCUGCCCGAGACCCCGGAGGUGGCAGCGCCGCUGUCGCCCGGGGAAGCGGACGGAGGUCCCAGGAGCGGCCUGGAGGGCGGCGGGCCGGGGGGCCCUGGGGGCGAGGAGGGCUCCUUCUUCUGGGUGGAGAGGGCGGCCCUGAGCGAGGAGUGGGAGGAGCUGCUGGCGGAGGGGCCGGAGGGGCCGGCGGGUGGCGGAGCGGAGGCCAGAGGGGGUGAGGGGUCCCCAGAGAGCAGAGGCGGCAGCGAGGAGACGCAGGGCGCGGAGAGGAGCGGAGGCGAGGGGCCUCGGAGGGCCGCGAAGGGCCGGGGUGAGGGAAGGCCCGGGGAGGAGGAGGCAGUGGAGGAACCGCUGGGAGGAGAGAAGAAGGGAGGUGAGGAAAAGCCCGAGGUGACUGAAGAGCCGUUGGUGACAAGGGAAAAGGGAGGCGAGGAGAGAGCGGAGGCGGAGGGGAAAGGAGGCGAGGGGACAGUGGAGGCUGAGGGACGAAGGAGAGUCUGUGGCAGAGGAGGUGAGCGAGUGAGUGCCCUGGGCGACGAGGCGCGAGCCGAAGAGACCGCCAGUCCCAGGAGAGGCCGAAGAAGUCGCGCUGGGAGGCAGCCCCGCGGAGGCCCGGGCCCCGCGGCGCGCCACCCGCGGCUGGCCGAGCCGGCCCGAGCCGCGCGCGCGAUGCCAGCCACUGCUUGGGCGCCCGGGGCCCGGCGCCACCCCCGGCGCGCGCGCCGUGCCCACUUAACGCACCGCGCCCCCGGCAGCCCCGAGCCUGCCCGCCCCGCCGAGGGCGAGGAGGCGAGCGGCCCGAAACCGAAGACGUGCCAGUGUUGCGCGGUCAUGUGAGCCCGCGCCCCCGCCCGGCCCCUGUCACAGCUACCUCGGCCUCUGGGCACCCGGCAGAGGGCCCCGGGCGCGCACCGGCCCUGGCACCUGGAAGCCUGGAAGCCGGCCGGCCCACACGCCCACCUCCGCCGGGGCGUCCGGCCCCCUUGCCCGCACUGCCUGCGACCCCGGCCCCUCUGCAGCGAAGCCUUUAUACUUGAAAAUAAACCGUGGAAGCAC